GUUGGAUAUAGUAUUUUUUUUCCUGCUUGUUUUUUUUUCCACUUCAGUGUUCAUUAUCAUCCCGUUUAUAAUUUAUUUUUUCUUCCUCAUUGCUCGCAACUAGUUCACUGGGUUCUCUCCGCCUAUCGUAUCGUUAUCGUGCUAUCUUCUCAAUGUCUUGAGUUCGAUGUCGUCCAUCCGUUCGGGCAAAAAUGUUUCGCGACCAACUACGCUUCUCGUUCCGAACUCUGGCUCGUGAAACUGUACUGAACACCCUGUAGUUGUAUUAACGAUAUAGUCUUAUGAUUAAAAUGAGACAUAAUUUAAUACUAUGGGCUUUAAUUUUUAUAUCAUCUUCCUGCGCCAAUGAUUUGGUAUUUAAUACAUAUAUGCAAAAUGAAGCACUCUCUGAGAAUACUCCAGUUGGUCAAUCAGUGUACAAACUUGAGGGUGUCGAUUCUUCUGGAAAUGAUCAUGAUUUGUUAUAUGGUAUAGAAGGAACUGAUUAUUUGACUGUCGAUUCUAAUACAGGAGUUGUUACUGUUGCCAAACCUUUGGAUCAUGAAAAAAGUAGUACAUUGCAAUUUACCGUAACUCUUCAACAUAAAAUUAGCAAUGAUGUUCUUAAACUUCCUACAAAUGUAAUCAUAUUGGAUGAAAAUGAUAAUGCUCCAACAUUUAAACAUACUCCCUAUGAAGGUUCAGUUAAUGAAGAAUCUCCUGUUGGCACUACAGUAUUUAAAUGGAUCCAUGUUGAAGAUUUAGAUAAAGUUGGUGAACCUCUUGAAGUUCGAUGUGAAUCUAAUUUCCAGAAUGAUGAUGGAUGUUCCAAAUUUAAAAUUCAGUCAAUCAAUGCCAGUGAAAGUUAUUAUUUGGGUGCUAUAGUUGUAAAUGGAGACAUACAAUAUUCAGAAAAUUUAUUUUAUAAGUUGUUACUCAUUGCUAGUGAUGGCUUACAUGAAACUAAAAUAGAUCUAGAUAUUCAUAUUAAAGAUGUUCAAAACAUGCCUCCUGUUUUUCAUGGAUCAUUAACUGCAGUCAUUAGUGAAGAUAUAUCAAUUGGAACUCACAUUUUGUCAAUAAAUGCAAAAGAUGGAGAUAGAGGAGAGCCAAGAAAUAUUAUUUAUGACCUAAUACAAAAUCCUAUGGAUUACUUUUCUUUGGAUGGUUUGUCUGGUGAUUUAACUACUGCUAAACCAAUUGAUCGAGAAUCAUUAUCUAAUAAUAAUGGCAUUAUAACAUUAACUGUUCGAGCUAGAGAAGUUGCCAAUGGUUCAGCUUUAGAUGAUAAAUUGAGUUCUUCCAUGGCAAUCGUUACAAUUACUGUUCAAGAUGUUAAUGAUGAACCACCAGUUUUUAAUAAGCGUGACUAUUUUGUCUCAAUACCAGAAAAUAUAGCUCCUGGUACUCCUUUACCUAACUUAAAUAUGUCAGUUGUGGACUCAGAUAUAGGUGCUAACUCAGAAUUUUCUUUGAGAUUACUUGAUGAAUCAAAACUGUUUGUGAUUGAACCAAAUAAAGCUAUUGGAUCAAUAGAUGUUAGCAUAAAAUUGGCAAAUAACGUAAAAUUAGAUUAUGAAGAUCCAAACCAGAGGAAAUUUAUUGUUUUGGUUAUAGCUAGCGAACCUAGUGUAAAAUAUGAUUUGACAUCAACAGCUACUCUUACAAUUCAAGUAACAGAUGUGAAUGAUAAUCCUCCAGAAUUUGACAACAAUGCUUAUACACUUACUGUAAAUGAAACAGCUACACCGGGAACUGUAAUAGGUGUUGUUAAAGCAACCGAUAGAGAUAGUAAUCCUAAAAUUGUUUAUAAAUUAAGCGGACCUUCAGCGGAUAAGUUUAAUGUAGAUAAAAAUACUGGUACCAUAUCAGUAGCUCUUUGUUCAAAUAUUGGGAAAGCACCAUGUUUAGACUAUGAAACACAAUCAAAUUAUUACUUAACAUAUAUAGCUACAGAUGAUAAUGGAAAUGGACAGUCAAAUUCAGUUACUAUAAUGGUAGCGUUGACUGAUAGUAAUGAUAAUCCACCAACUUUCAUGCAACAUUCAUAUACUAGUCUUAUUGAUGAAGGAGUAACUUUAUUUGAACCUCCCCUUAUAGUUCAAGCAAUAGAUGCAGAUAAAUCUUCAUCUAUUUUAUAUUCCAUUAGAUUUGGAAAUGAGAAGCAAUUAUUUAAAAUAGAUCAAAGUACGGGUGAAAUAUUUAUUGUAUCCCCCAAUGGACUUCAGCGAUCAAAAAAUAAUAUAACUCUCAUCGUUGAAGCAAAUGAUGGAGUAUACAGUGAUGAAGCAACUGUGAAUGUUGUUGUGUUAGAUGUUAAUAACAACAGUCCAAAAUUCUUGUUAGAAACAUAUAAUGUUUCUAUUUAUGAAAAUGAACCAAUUGGUUAUAGUGUUAUCAAAGUGGAAGCAAUAGAUGAAGAUUUAGAUAUGAACGCAAAUUUAACAUACCAUAUUCAAGAAGGUUCAUUCAAUAAUUUCUUGAUUGAUCAUAUUACUGGACUAAUUUAUACUUCAUCAAAACUUGAUUUUGAUCAACAUUCAAACUAUGCCAUUAAAACAUUAGCUAUUGAUAAAGGAACUCCUGCACUAACUGGUAGUACAACAGUACUUAUCAAUAUUAUAAAUGUAAACAAUAAAAGUCCAGAAUUUAUUCCUACUAUACAACGGACAGAGGUAUCAGAAGAUGUUCCAGUUAACACAGUUAUAUACCAUCUCAUUGCUCACGAUCCUGAUACUAGUGAUGAAAAUGCCUUAAAUUAUUCUUUGGAUUCUUCAGCGGUUACUGGGAUAAGUAUUAAUGGAAAUCAAUUGGAUGAUAAUAAAGAUAUUAAAAAUUGGUUCAAAGUUAGAGCAUCCAAUGGUGACAUAAUUAUAGCUAAACCCAUUGAUAGAAACAUUGCAGCUAUUGUGAGUUUGUCUGUUGUAGUCACUGAUACUUCUGCUCCAGAUAUACAGAAAGCAACAGGAACAUUAAUGGUGACUAUUAUAGAUGUCAACGAUACACCACCAAUAUUUGAACCCCCUUGGACUAAAGAAAAUCCAUACUAUACCACAUCAGUUCUAGAAGAACAGCCGAUUAAUUCUUCAGUUGGAAAAUUUACUGCAACUGAUGAUUCUGGAAUUGAUUAUUAUGAUAUUAUACCUAACAACCAAUAUGUGAAUGUAAAUCAAACUACAGGAGUUAUAUAUACAAAAGAGAAACUUGAUUUUGAAAGUAUUGAAACAAUUAAUAUUAAUUUAAUUGCGUAUGACACUGGUCAUCCUCAACUUUCAACCACUGCUACUAUAUUAAUAAAAGUUAUUAACAUAAAUGACAACUCUCCAAUUUUUAAUGAGACUGAGUAUAGAGCUGAAAUAGAAGAAAAUUCACCUUCUGGGACUUAUGUUACACAUGUAAUCGCAACUGAUGCUGACAAAGGGUUAUUUGGAUUGGUCCAUUAUUCUAUCAUUGGUGAUACAUUUGGUUUUAUUAUUGAUCAAGACACAGGAAUGGUCAAAGUUAAUGAUUCCAGUUUUCUUGAUCGUGAAAUAACUUCAGAGUUAAUGUUAACAAUUCAAGCUAAAGAUGAAGCUCCCCCAGGCUUAACCAAAUCUUCAGUAGUAUUGUUGUAUAUUAAACUAAUUGAUGUAAAUGAUAAUCCACCACAAUUCGACCCAAAGACUUAUUCAUUGUCUAUUAUAGUCUCCACUCCUACAACUCCUUUAAUGCAAUUGAAAGCUAUCGAUAAAGAUCUAAAUUCACAAUUGACAUAUACUAUUGUAUCGACAAAUAAAGAUUUAUUUAAUCUUGAUAGUGAUUCAGGAUUUUUAUACUCACCUAUGUCUUUAAAUGGCAAACAAGGUGUAUAUUUGAUUGAAGUUGAUGUUUCUGAUGGUGUUUUUCAUGAUCAAGCAAGUGUAAACAUAACUGUUUUAGAUGUUAAUCAAAAUCAACCAGUUUUUAUUCAUCCCCCAACUAACAAUUCUACAUUAUCAAUUCCUGAAGAUAUUAAUGUUGGCACAUCAAUUUUAACAGUUUGUGCUGAAGAUAAAGAUUUUGGAGAAAAUGGUCAUGUGACUUAUUUUUUUAAAGUUGCCAAUUCUAAUGCACAACAAACUGAUUCAUUUACUAUUAAUUCAGAAACUGGACAGAUUAAGACUCAAAUUUUACUUGAUUAUGAAACUAAAUCAUCUUAUCAAUUGGUAUUAGUUGCACGAGAUCAAGGAUCACCAACAUGGCAUGAAACGUUGAAACUCCUUACAAUUAAUUUAAUUGAUGUUAAUGAUAAUAAACCUCGAUUUCCUCUACGUAUUGAUCAUAAGCCAUUGUAUACAUUUAGUAUUAAAGAAAAUAAUAGACUUCAGUAUAAGAUUGGUCAAGUAAAGGCAACUGAUUCAGAUCAAGGCGAAAAUGCCCGUAUUUAUUAUUAUUUAACAUCAGAUAAAUCAGUUCCAUUUAUUGUAGACCGUCUUGAUGGAACUAUUUAUGCAAAUGACACAUUGGAUAGAGAAAAACAGAGUUCAUAUGAAAUUAUUAUCAAAGCUUCCAACAAUAAUGAAUAUCAAGAAACAAAUGAUUUAGAAGUAGAUGAUUAUAGCUUAGCCAAAGUAUUAAUUUUAGUAACAGACGAAAAUGAUAAUGCACCGAUUUUUAUGGCUAAUCAUUAUUAUGCAGGUGUAAAUGCUAUGGCAAAAGUUGGAGAUGUUAUACUUCAAGUAAUGUCCAUUGAUCCAGAUUUUGAAGAAAAUAGCACAGUUACAUAUUUUAUUGAGAACACACAGUUGUUUAGACCGGGAACAAAUAAUUUAACAUGGUCAUCUAUUGUAAGAGAUCCCUUUUCAAUUGAUCAAUCUGGUCGAAUUUCCACUGCUGCAUUUUUAGCAGAAUAUAAUCAAGGGCGUUUUGAUUUACAAAUAGUUGCAAAAGAAAAUGAAUCUCCUCAUAGAGUUGCUUCUACUAUAGCUACUAUUUGGGUGUAUGAAACUCAUCAAUUAGUAAAGUUAAUAGUUUCACGUGCUCCACAGACUGUUAACGAGGGCCGAGAACAAAUAAUUUCUAGUUUGGCGAAUGUGACUGAGAUGAUUGUUGUGUUGGACGAUGUUCGCUAUCAUGUUAAUCAAUAUGGUUAUAUUCAACCUGAUUGGAGUGAUGUGUAUUUGCAUUUGGUAGAUCCAAUGAAAAAUGAUAUAAUGUCCAGUGGAGAUGUUUUAACUAUAAUUGAUGAUAAAUAUGACUAUUUAAAAGACUAUUAUCAGAAUUUUGCUAUUGAAAAUGUUGUGCCAGCAUUGAUUGUCACUCAAAAUGAAUCGUUUGAACCCACUAUAGCUGCUUUAGUAGCUUUAUUAGUAGUAUUAACUGUAGGAUGUAUAGGUGUGUUAAUAAUUUGUUGCUGUUUCAGACAUUGGAUGUUUUCAGAUUUGGAUAAUAACUCUAUAAAGAAUGACAUAUUGAUAAAAAAAGCUGUAAUUGAUGAUCUCAGUACUACAGAAAAUCCUCUUUGGAUUGAACAAAAAUUAAAAUUAUAUGAAGAGCAAGAAUUAACUAUGCAAGUUUUUUGUGACCUAGAAAAUAAAGAAAUGCCUAUUAGCCAAGAUGUUGUGGGAGAUAAUACUUAUGCCACAAUACGGCGACCUUCUCGUCGGGGUUCUAUUAACACUUUAUUGACAAUGACACCUGGUGAGUAUGCUACUUUGGGUGGAUCUGUUUUGCCCUUGCCACCUGACGGAGGUACUUCUCAUAGUCAACAGAUGUUCGAAGCAUCUCUUGGAUUUCAAGGUUCUACAUUCCAAGUACCAGAUUCUGCUUUGGAUACAAGUAAUCUUUUGAUAAAUAAUUCUGACAUUUAACAUCAUAAUUUUUGUAUUUAUUAAAAACAUUAAAUUUUUUUAUUGUUAUU